AUGACUUCAACUCUUCAAGCAGUGGAAGACCAAAAGAAAAUCGUGGAGCAUAUUGAACGUGUUUCUACAACUUUUCAAGCAAAACCCAAAGAUGCCUUCUCAAGAGGAUACCUUCAAACAAUUUUGGAGGAUUUGGAAUCCAGUUUUAAGUCCUUCAAGGAUGGACAUGACCAACUAAAUGACAUGGUUCGGGAAAGUUCUAUCGCUGAGAAAGACGUUCCAUAUUUAAGUACCAACACUUUUUAUAAGUGCUAUGAUGUCUACAUUUCUUUAAAAACUAAUAUUUUAGAUUUGCUCUUUGAAUUAGAUUCUCCACAGACUCCAACCGUCCACGCAAGCACCUUCGCCGCCACUAGCCGCAACGAAUCCUUCUGCGCUGGAGCAAGACUUCCGAAAAUAGAUUUGCCAACUUUUUCUGGAGAUUAUCUAGAAUGGAUUUCAUAUCGUGACAUGUUUAAAACACUUGUGCAUCAAAACAAUUCCCUUACAAAGGUGCAAAAAUAUUUUUAUUUGAAGUCUUCUUGCACUGGAACACCACUCAGCUUGGUCAACGAAUAUCCGGCAGCAGAAUCCAGUUAUGAUUUAGCAUGGGAUGCUCUCGAGAAGAGAUUUCAUAAUGAACGAAAACUUGUUGAGCAAAUAUUGAAAAGGUUGUUUUCAAUACCGCCAUCUGAUGGAACUCUAAAAAAUAUCAAAGGGUUAUUAGACACAACGCGAACCUGUCUCUCACAAUUAAAAUCAUUGAAAAUAGAUAUUUCUACUUGGGAUUCAAUUCUAGUGUAUUUAAUUACUCAAAAGCUUGAAAUGCAGACUCGCAAAGAAUGGGAACAAUCACUUAAAGCUAGUACAUCCAUUCCACCCAUGUCGGAUAUGCUUAAUUUUCUUGAAACUACCUUCCGCACUAUGGAAUCUUUAGAGGAAGAAGCUGUUUCAACAACACAUGUCUACGGUAAGGAAAAUCGUAAGAAACCUACUAGAGUUAUACGAGCUCACACUGCGUCAACUGUAAAUGAUAACAACUGCCUUUUCUGCAACAAACGUCAUCCUCUUUACAAAUGUUUUCGAUUUACAACCUUGUCUUCAGCGGAGAAGAAAAGUUUCGUAAAUCAACAUCGCCUUUGUCGAAACUGCCUGAACACUGGGCAUUUACAAUCGUCUUGUAGACUGAACACCAGAUGCCACAUCUGUCGUGAACCUCAUCAUACUAUUAUUCAUAACGAAUUCGGCAGAAACAAUUCUGAUCAAACAACUUCACCUCUGCCUAACAUCCCUAUUGAAAACCAGACUUUCCAGCCACCUGCUACUACGUCAACACCUAACUCUGCUACUGUAAGUACUAAUGUCUCCAAUCUAAGUGCGAAAAAUCUAAACCCUGCUUUAUUGCCCACCGUAAAAGUUUUAAUAAAAACGCUAAAUAAAACCUACUGCUUAAAAGCUUUAGUUGAUCAAGGAUCACAACUUUCAUUUAUUUCGGAAGAACUUUCUCAAAUAUUACCUGCGGAAAAAUACAAAACUCGAGUUAAUGUUUCUGGUAUUGGAGGAAAUCAGGCAGUUACUGUUAAAAAAUCUGUACGAUUUACUAUUCAUUCUAGAUACGAACAAGAAUUUGCACUCCCUAUUACUGCCCUUGUAGUCCCUAACGUCACAUCAUACGUUCCCAACAAAAUUACUUCUAAUUUUAUUCCAGACCUCUCAGCAUUCUUUCUUGCAGAUCCAGAUUUUCUAACCCCACAAAAGAUUGACCUCCUACUUGGAAACGAUGUCUAUGGUGAUUUACUACUCCCUAGAAUGAAAAAGUUUGAAAAUAGUCUUCUUCUGCAAGAAACUCAUUUGGGAUGGAUGAUAUCAGGUUCUCCGAGAACCCAUAUGACAACAAAUACAAUUUCUGCAAAUCUCUGUUCUUUGGAUGAACAACUUCGAAUGUUUUGGGAACAAGAGGAAUUGCUAGACAAGAAAUCAUGGUCCACUGAAGAUGAACUUUGCGAAAAGUUGUUUAACGAAACUCAUAUUCGUGAUGAAAAUGGACGAUACAGUGUCCAUCUGCCAUUCAAAAGACUCCUUCAAGGUAAAGAGCUACCAUCGUUCUCCCACACGGACUACAAUGCGAUUAAAAGAUUAAAACAAUUAGAAUUGUCUUUUAAGCAAAAGCCACAAUUUGCUAAUGCAUACAAAAAGUUCAUGAUAGAAUAUGAAUUGCUUAAUCAUAUGAGUAACCUUGGUGAGUACCCUCAUGCUAUACCUCAAAAUGCGUACUUUUUUCCUCACCAUGGUGUACUAAAAGAGAACAGUUCAACAACAAAACUACGUGUUGUUUUUGAUGGUGGAAACCGUAGACCCCCUCAAACUUCUAUAAACGAAGAAUUAUCAGCAGGUCCUGCGUUACAAAAUGAUUUGUCAACAAUCAUCACUCGCUGGAGAAAACACUAUAUUGGUUUUACUGCAGACCUGGAAAAAAUGUUUAGGCAAAUAAAUGUGUCCCCUGAACACCAACCCUAUCAAUGCAUUCUUUGGAGAAAUGCCACAAACAAAAUAUGUGUAUAUGCACUUCGUACAGUGACAUAUGGCACAACUUCUGCUCCUUAUCUUGCAAUUAGAGUACUACAGCAACUAUCAGAGGAUGAAGAAACUAACUUUCCAGAAGCUAGUCAUAUUCUUCGAACAGACACUUAUGUGGAUGAUGUCAUAUCAGGAGCGGAUACCCUAGAAGAGUCUUUAGAACUACAACAACAACUGUCUAAUCUUUUAAAAUCUGGCGGAUUUCAUUUAAGGAAAUGGAAUUCUAAUUCGUUUGAGCUCAUGAAGAACAUUCCUGAAGAAGAUCGAGAAAUUCAACAAUCAUUUUCUAUUUAUCAACCCAAAAUGUCAAAAGCACUUGGUAUAAAUUGGAAUACGAAUAACGAUUAUUUCUAUUUUUCUAUAAAUUUUAGAUUUUCUGAACAAAUAACUAAAAGCAGUUUACUUUCAGAGGCAUCUAAAUUAUUUGAUCCUUUAGGAUGGCUAUCCGCUACCACCAUAAUAGCGAAAAUAAUAUUCCAACAACUAUGGAAACUGAAAAUAGAUUGGAAUGAUACUCUACCAGAUCAUGUUCGAAAUCAAUGGGUUAAUUUUCGGAACAAAUUAAAGUCUCUUGAAGAGGUAAAAAUUCCACGAUGGAUUGGUUACAGGCCUCAUAAAGCUCCAAUUGAUCUCCACGCCUUCAGCGAUGCUUCGAAAGUAGCCUAUGCUGCAGUCGUCUAUGCUCGCGUCACAACCGAAUCUGGUGAGAUAUUAGUAAACUUACUGCAAGCUAAAACAAAAGUGGUCCCUUUGAAAGGAGAAACAAUUCCACGGUUAGAAUUAAAUGCAGCAACACUAAUGGCUGAAUUAGUUGCUAAAAUAAAAGCCAACGUAGAUUUAAAUAUCGGCAACGUCAUUUAUUGGACAGAUAGCACUAUCGUUCUUGCGUGGCUGAAAAAUAACUCAACACGGUUGGAAGUCUACGUUGCAAAUCGAGUCGCAAAAAUUCAACGCUUAUCAAAUGUUCAUGAUUGGAGGUACGUUCCAACAAAGGACAACCCUGCAGACUGCGCGUCUAGAGGCUUAAUGCCUGAACAAUUGAUUCACCAUUAUCUGUGGUGGAAAGGUCCAUCAUGGCUCCAGAAUACAUCUGAUUCAUGGCCUACUUCCCCUAAUCAAAUAUUUCGCGAAGAAAUUAUAUGUAACAACCUUGCUGUUCACUUAACUAAAACAAAAACAACAAUUGCAACUUAUCCAGAAAUAACACAAAGAUUUUCAAAGCUAUCUUCAUUGGUACGUGUGACGUCUUAUAUACUUCGAUUUUACAACAACAUUAAAUUAAAUCAAAACAACAGAGAAGUUGGAUUUCUCAAAACAUAUGAACUAAAACAAGCGCUGCACUUACUCAUCAAACUAACACAAGCGGUGUCAUUUCAUGACGAAAUCAAAACACUGAAAUUGGGAAAUAGGGUUCCCAAUCAAAGUAAUAUUGUAAAAUUAUCCCCAUUUCUUGACGAAAAAGGAAUUCUUCGAGUUGGUGGUAGAAUCUCAAAUUCUACUAUUUCCUACAACGCUAAACAUCCCAUUUUGUUAUCAAAACAAAAUCCACUGUCUUUUCUUAUAUUUUUAGAUGCUCAUGUAAAAACAUUUCAUGGAAGUCUCCAGCUUAUGCAGUCCUACGUUUCUCGUUACUACUGGAUAGUUUCAGCCCGAAACAUAGCAAAACGCGUACAACGUAGAUGUACAGUAUGCUUUAAGUACAAAGCGCAAUCCUGCCAACAACUUAUGGGCAACCUGCCAUCUGUGCGUCUGCAACCUACUCGAGCUUUCAAGCAUAGCGGAUUAGAUUAUGCUGGACCCAUUAAUAUAAAAACCUCUUCGUUACGAACAGCAUCUACAUCUAAGGGCUACAUAUCCUUGUUUAUCUGUAUGUGUACGAAGGCUAUACAUUUAGAAGCAGUCACUAGUCUAAACGUGGAUGCUUUCUUGGCUGCAUUCCGACGCUUUACCGCACGUAGAGGCUUAUGCACUGAUUUAUACUCCGACUGUGGUACAAAUUUUGUAGGUGCCAACAAAGAACUUCAAGUCCUGUAUCACCGAAACAAGGCAUCACUUCCUGAGCAUCUCGCAGAAACUCUUGCGAAUCAAGGUACAAAGUGGCACUUCAUUCCUCCUGCUUCACCCCAUUUUGGCGGACUAUGGGAAGCCGGCGUGAAAUCCACUAAGCACCACUUGCGCCGCAUUAUGAAAGAUCGUAUACUAACAUAUGAAGAACUCAGUACCCUCUUGGCACAGAUUGAAAGCUGCUUAAACUCCAGGCCAUUGUGUCCAUUAUCUACCGAUCCUACAGACGCCGAUGUCCUUACACCAGCACAUUUUCUCAUUGGAGAACCUUCAAUUUGCAUCCCCGAUGAUGACUUACUUGAUGCUAAUAUUGAUCGUUUGAGCCGUUGGAAAUUAAUUGAACAUCUCAAACAAAAUUUCUGGGAUCGCUGGAAUAAAGAAUAUUUAUGUCGACUUCAAGCUCGACCAAAGUGGAAUAAGGUCGAAAGAAACAUAAAAGUUGGUGAUAUUGUUCUUCUUCUACAUGAACGAAGUACUGCAGGUCAAUGGCCACUUGCCAAAGUUGAAGAAUUGCACCCUGGUUCAGAUGGAUUGGUACGAGUAGUUACACUAUAUUGCAACGGCAAGCACAUAAAGCGUCCUAUAUCAAAAAUUUGCUUUCUACCAUCUAAUGAUAUGCAUAACGACGAGAAAGUUUCUACUAUCUAA